GGCUUUCUGGGGCGGCGAGUGGCGGGGCCGGGUGCCGAUCCGAGCCUCGCGGGGCGGGAAGAGCGCGGGCCCCUGGCGCCGGGCUCGGUUCGCCAGGCCACAGCCCCGAGGGGUGGCUGGCCGCCUGCACGCUGGCUUUGGGCAGCUGCGGGGCGCGCAGCCCCGGGCGGCUGGGCGGCGGCAUGAAGGUCACGUCGCUCGACGGGCGCCAGCUGCGCAAGAUGCUCCGCAAGGAGGCAGAGGCGCGCUGCGUGGUGCUCGACUGCCGGCCCUACCUGGCCUUCGCCGCGUCGAGCGUGCGCGGCUCGCUCAACGUCAACCUCAACUCGGUGGUGCUGCGGCGGGCCCGGGGCGGCGCGGUGUCUGCGCGCUACGUGCUGCCCGACGAGGCGGCGCGCGCCCGGCUGCUGCAGGAGGGCGGCGGCGGCGUGGCGGCGGUGGUCGUGCUGGACCAGGGCAGCCGCCACUGGCAGAAGCUGCGGGAGGAGAGCGCCGCGCGCGUCGUGCUCACUUCGCUGCUGGCCUGCCUGCCCGCCGGCCCGCGGGUCUACUUCCUUAAAGGGGGGUAUGAGGCCUUCUACUCGCAAUACCCUGAGUGCUGUGUGGAUGUGGAGCCCGUGUCAGAAGAGAAGGUGGAGACUGAGAGGGGCCUCCUCGGCCAGUGCGGAAAGCCCGUCCUUAGUGUCACCUCCAGGCCAGCCUAUGACCAGGGUGGCCCAGUUGAAAUCCUUCCCUUCCUCUACCUUGGAAGUGCCUACCAUGCAUCCAAGUGCGAGUUCCUCGCCAACCUGCACAUCACAGCCCUGCUGAAUGUUUCCCGCCGGACCUCUGAGGCUUGCACUGCCCACCUACACUACAAAUGGAUCCCCGUGGAGGACAGCCACACCGCUGACAUUAGCUCCCACUUUCAGGAAGCGAUAGAUUUUAUUGACUGUGUCAGGGACGGAGGAGGCAAGGUCCUAGUCCACUGUGAGGCUGGGGUCUCCCGGUCACCCACCGUCUGCAUGGCGUACCUCAUGAAGACCAAGCAGUUGCGCCUGAAGGAGGCCUUCGAUUACGUCAAGCAGAGGAGGAACGUGAUCUCUCCCAACUUCGGCUUCAUGGGACAGCUCCUUCAGUAUGAGUCUGAGAUCCUGCCUUCCACCCCCACCCCCCAGCCUCCCUCCUGCCAGGGGGAGGCAGCCAGUUCCCCGUUUACAGACCAUUUACAGACACUGAGCCCUGAUAUGCAGGCUCCCUACUGCGCCUUCCCUACCUCAGUGCUGCCACCGGUGCCCGCCCACUCCACGGUCGCCGACUUCCACAGGAGCCCUGUGGCCACAGCCACUUCCUGCUGAGGCUGGGAUUGGCUGCCAGCGAAUCCCCAAGAGCAACUGUGAUUUUUGUUUGUCUUUUUUUAAACUUGUGGACAUUUCAUACCUGUGCAAUACUGAAGACCUCUCUCCGUCCCGCUGCCCCAGUGAGAUGGUGAUGGUCACCAGCUCGCAGGCGCACUUGAGACGGACCCCGGGGAGAGCUUCCUGGGGACCGUAGGAAGGCCAAGCCAUGACCUAGCACGGCAGUGCUGACUACUGUACUUCAGAACCCUGCCCACUCAGGGCCUCCUGGUCCUUGCACCUCAGAAGUUCGCCUUUUCAUUUCCAAGCGUAAAGGCAGUGAACACCCACAAAAGUGGGGGCGAGAUGCCGCUGGACCAGGGGAGAAGGCAGCGACGAAGCCAAUUCAUUUCGAAGGAAGCACAAUUUUCACUGUUUUUUUUUUUUUCUUUGAACUUUGGCAAGCUUUGUCUGUCUCUGUCGCUUCAGGGAAAUAAAGCUGGUCACCACCCAGGCAGAGACGUUAGCUCUGCUAGAUUUGUCCAGUCGGAAGAUCCCGCCGAUCUGAGUUCAGAAGUGUUUCUGAGAUUGUCUCGGGUCCCGUGAAAGCUGUUGGCUGAAGGAGAGGAUGCUGGGCCGUCUGGUCUCUCUCAACCGUGGACUCUGGCGUGGUUUUGAUGCAUACUUGAACCUGUGUCCCAUCGCACCUCUCUCUGAGCAGCUUUGCUGUUGCUCAGACCAACAGUCGCCGCGUUGAGGAGGUGACGGUGAGUGCCCAGAGGAAGGGGCAGCGCACUGUGAUCUGGGCCAGUGGCGGUUUCAGUACCUACUCAGCUUGGUGUCCUUGCUUCUGUGUCGUCCCGUUGUGACGUCCCUGCCCCUGAGAGGUUGUCUUCGAGCUACUGAUGCUGGGAUUUGCGUCUUCGGCAGUGUGGUACUACUUAGGCUCUUUGAUAGGUUGUCUCUCCAGGGGAAAGGCAAUAAAGUCCCCCAAACCCGUGCGAAUGUGAAGAAAAGCGCCUAUGUUGCUGGCUGUUGUUGUUUUUUUACAUAGUGUAAAAUAAAAGUGACGUAAAGGAAAA